GAUUGUUCCCCCUUUUCGUUUUGGCGUGGAAGAUGUUGCAACCAAGAUGUGGUUCCACAAGCUUGCAUAUCCUGGCCAAUGUUUGACUAAUUCUCAUCUGGACAUCAUUUUUUACUAUCUACGUAAAAAAGGAAAGUAUGCAAAGGAGCCAAAGGUUAAGUUUACAACCACCGAUUGCUUAUUCUUCAAAACCAUUCAUGCUUUGUAUGAAAAAUUUAUUGCACAGAAAAAAAAUCUUUCUUUGAUAACUGCCCAGCAUGCCAUUGCUGAUUAUAUAAGAGGUAGAAAAAUGUUAUGUGGUUCCCCUUGCCAUUUGUGCGAUCAUGUUUUCUUUAUCAUCCAUAUGGAGACUGAAUCACAUUGGAUUCUUGGUCGAUUGAAUAUUGAGGAAAGGCGUAUGUACAUGUACAACUCCUUGUCGACUGCUAUGAAAGAUAGUGCUGCUAUCAAAGCUUGUCAGCCAUUUGCGGUGUUGUUGCCCCACUUUUUUGCUUUGUUUGAUGAGUUCAAAAAGGAAAACAAACCGGUUUGUUUAGACCCUUUCGAAGUUGUUAAGGUUGAUGGUUUGCCUCAACAAACCUCGAAGUAA